AUGCCAAUUGGAGGUCGAUUUGGUGUCCAGAGGGCGUUGUUGAUCGGCAUUAACUAUUAUGGCUCCAAAUGUGAGCUUUCGGGCUGUAUUCCUGAUGUUUAUAAUAUGAAGAGAUUACUGGUCGAGACUUAUCAUUGGAAUCCUAAUGAUAUCAAACUCCUCACUGAUGAUGGACAAACUGAAAGGCCAACACGAGAGAAUAUAGUUCGAUAUAUGCAUUGGUUGGUCAGAGAUGCCAAGCCUGGUGAUAUCUUCUUCUUCCAUUACUCUGGUCAUGGAGCCCAACAGGUGGAUCCGUUGCACCUGGAAGAGGAUGGGAUGAACGAGACUAUCAUACCUGUUGAUGUACAAAAAGCAGGUCAAAUCACCGAUGAUAUUAUACAUGAGGCGUUGGUGGAUCCCCUCCCAAGUGGAGCAAGGCUGACAAGUGUGAUGGACUCUUGUCAUUCAGGAACAGGUAUGGAUUUACCUUACACGUGGUUGAAUGGUACCGGCUGGAAAGAAGAUGUGAAUCCAUGGCAUUCCAGAGGGGAUGUGCAACUAUUCAGUGGAUGCGACGAUAGUCAGACGUCUGCUGAUGCAUCAGUGGGCAAUCUCAAGGGUGGUGCCAUGACGACAGCAUUCUGUAAUGCUAUUAGGAGAAACCCAAAUGUGUCCUACACUGGAUUGAUAGAACAACUCGACAUCGAGAUGAAGAGGGAGCAUAUGACUCAAAGGCCUCAGUUGUCAACCUCUCAAACCUUUCCUGUUGAUAGACCCUUCAACUUGACUGAUAUUCUACCCAACCAAAACCAGAAGGUCGGCCGCAUAGUUCACAAGACUUUCAAGGCUAAGCCCAACAAGAGCAGGAACGUCGCCUUGAACGCUCUCGUUGCAGGAGGGGCCGGUCUCGUCGGUGGUCUCCUCAUUGGUGAUGCAAUUGGUCACGCUGAAGACAGACAUCGACGCCCCGUCGUAGUAGAGCCCCGUCGCAGACCUGUUGUAGUAGAGCCUCGACGUAGACCUGUGGUGGUGGAGCCUCGUCGGCAUCCUGGGCCGGUCAUUGUUGAGGGUCCAAGAGGCCCCUUUGGUGGGAGGGGCAAGGGUAAGGGCUUCAGGUGGUAGAGGAGUUUCUUUAUACAAGCUUGUGUGUCUUUCGUCGGGUACUGCAGUUCCAAAAGCGAACUGCUACUGACAUUUUGAACUCAGACGUUUAUUCCUGUUAUCAAAUUUAGUUGGGAAAAAUUCCAUUUGUUGUGACCUCGUGUGGUGACCAUAAGUUUUUUC